GGAAAUAAGAUGAGUGUGCACAUAUUUUCACUCCUUCCGCUGUCCCGGGACAGACAUACUGAUUUACUGCUUAGAAGUCCUUUACAAUGGGAUGUGGCUACUGAGAAACUUUUGAGGAAGCAAGCUGUGGCUUUGUGAUCAUUAUUAUGGCGUUCUUUUGGUGCACAGAAGCGUUGCCUCUAGCAGUUACCGCACUCUUUCCAGUUCUGCUCUUCCCAAUGAUGGGUAUCAUGGACUCAACAUUGGUUUGCAGUCAGUAUCUGAAAGACACAAACAUGCUUUUUAUUGGAGGACUGCUGGUUGCGAUUUCAGUUGAGAAAUGGAAUUUGCACAAGCGUAUAGCCCUGAGGGUGCUGCUGAUCGUUGGAGUCAAACCUGCUUUCCUUCUCCUGGGAUUUAUGAUUGUUACUGCCUUCUUGUCCAUGUGGAUCAGUAACACUGCAACAACAGCCAUGAUGAUCCCUAUCGCACAAGCUGUGUUGGAGCAACUUUACACCUCAGAAAACAAAAUGGAAGAGCAUAAAUCUGAAAACUUUGAUAAUAAUGCAGAAAAAAAGGAAAGUCCGCCAAAUGGGAUGGUGAAUCUGAGUGACCCAGAAGGGUCUAUGAAACAAAGUAAUCCUAAUGGAACUAUCAAUAUCGCCUUCGAGAUGCAGGAAAAAUUCCCAGUAGAAAUUUUAACAAAAGAAAAGAAUGGUACUAUAGUUAUAGAACAUGAGGAUGAUACAUUGAAAGAAGAGAAGCAAAAUCGAAGACUGCAAAAGCAUUUAAAGCUUUGCAAGGGAAUGAGCCUCAGUGUCUGUUAUUCUGCAAGCAUUGGGGGCAUUGCGACUCUGACUGGCACCACGCCAAACCUGGUGAUGAAAGGACAGAUGGACGAACUUUUCCCUCAGAACAACAACGUAAUCAAUUUUGCCUCAUGGUUUGGCUUUUCUUUCCCCACAAUGAUUGUGCUACUCGCACUCUCCUGGAUCUGGCUACAGAUUAUGUUUUUGGGAGUUAAAUUCAGAAAGAAUUUUGGCUGCGGUGGGACCUCAGAGCAGAAGGAAAAAGAAAAACGUGCAUUUCAGGUCAUCUCAACAGAACACAAGAAACUGGGUCCUAUGAGCUUUGCAGAGAUCUCUGUAUUAGUUCUGUUUAUUUUGUUGGUCCUUUUGUGGUUCUCAAGGGACCCAGGUUUCAUGCCAGGUUGGGCAACCAUCAGCUUUAACAAAAAUGGCAAAGACAAUGUUACAGAUGCAACAGUUGCCAUAUUUGUUUCUCUUAUGAUGUUCCUCUUCCCAUCUGAAUUACCCUCAUUAAAGUUAGUGAACAGAGAGAACGAAGGGAAAAUGCCAAAGGUGUACGUGCCUCCACCUCUGCUAGACUGGAAAACAGUGAACCAGAAGAUGCCUUGGAACAUUGUGAUCCUGCUAGGAGGAGGCUUUGCUCUGGCUAAGGGCAGUGAGGAAUCAGGAUUAUCAAUUUGGCUUGGAGACAAACUGACUCCACUUCAGAGCAUUCCACCAGCAGCAAUUGUCCUUGUUUUGUGCCUUCUUGUUGCUAUAUUUACGGAAUGUACAAGCAAUGUAGCUACUACCACACUGUUCCUACCCAUCCUAGCAUCCAUGGCAAAGGCGAUUGAGAUGAACCCAUUGUACGUCAUGCUUCCAUGCACACUUGCUGCAUCAUUGGCUUUCAUGCUUCCAGUGGCCACACCACCCAAUGCUAUAGCCUUCUCAUAUGGGCAGCUCAGGGUUAUUGAUAUGGCCAAAGCUGGAUUCUUGUUGAAUAUCCUUGGAGUACUGACAAUCACAUUGGCCAUCAACAGUUGGGGUUACUACAUGUUUGAUCUUGGCAGUUUUCCUACCUGGGCAAAUGUUACAACUGUUCCUUAAAGGUUCUUGCACAAGGAAUUUAUGAACAAAUAUUGAGUAAAAUCAAGCAGACACCAAAACUACUGAGAUGUGUGAAUGUGCAAUGACAUUUGUAAUAUUGCUUUCUGUUUUCGAAGGCAAGUACCACACAUCUGUUUGGAAACAAUGGCUGGUGUCCCAGAAGCUGGAUUUUUCUCCAUUUGCUGAGAGUAUCUCAACUAGACAAGGCCUAUUCGUGGCAUUUGCUGUUAUUAGAUGUUCAUGGCAUUAACAAAUAUUCAUUUGAACACAUCAUUAUACCAGCAAGAAGUGUCUAUUUAGCAUUAAGAUGAUCGUCAUACUUUGAGCAAAGUCAAAUAAUCGUACUCCAUCACCAAUCAGAAUUUACUGUUUUUGUUCAACAGAUAUUCAAGUAUUUGUAUAUUUAUUUAAAAUAUAAAGUACAGAUUGGUUAUUCAUAAGUCAGCAUUAGAAAUCAACGUGAUUUCUGUGGAA